UGCGCGCGGACACACAUCACGCGCUUACAAGCUAUUUUUCUACUAGAGAUGGAAGAACACAUCUGUUGAACACGCUACGCAGGAAACAUCUUGUUAAAGUACUUAAGCUGCAGCUUCCAUUCGCAAAGCAGAUGUGAAUGUCGUUGGAAGGAGAGAUCCCCACCAACCGGAUGAUAAAAGUCUUCUCCUGUAUAAUCAAUAGAGCAGUUUUGCACCUCUCGCAGUCGCGCGUAUGUAGCUCAAGGUCGAGCAAAAUGUUGCGCUCAAUUAUAUGAGCUGUAUUAUAUCGUAUAUAUUACUUGACAGUGUUUUAUCAAUCACUUAUAAUCUCUGUCUUUGCUCUAUAUAUAUAUUUACGUAUAGAGUGUUUCUAAAGUGACUAUCUAUAUUUUGGUGAAAUUAGAGAGGUAUUUUAAAAAUUAUUAUACGCUGGUAUAAUGUGUGUGGUAUCAUUAUUAAAUUCAUGUAUUUUAAAAGUUCAAUUGCUUGUAUGUUUUUGUGAACAUUGAUUGCUUUGAUCUGUAAAACUUUGAUGAUCGCCACGUAGAAACUUAUAAUUAAAUUAUAUCUAUAAGGUAUAUAUUUUUGAUGUCUUAAAAAUGUUUUUUAUAAUUCCUUUUAUUUUGUAAAAUAGAUAGUCACUUUAGAAACAUUCUGUACGUAUAUGUCACGAUACGAUUCUUAUAUAUAUGGAGAUAAAUCAUGUGAUUCAUAAAUUAUAAAUAAUAAUAUAUAUUAUUAUUAUUAUUAUUUUUGUUAGCGUUUUAUGAUGAAUCACAUGAUCUAUCUCCGUGCAUAAGAAAUCGCUGUGACAAAUAACGCGGCAAAACAAUUAUAUUCGGAGAUAAAUUUGAACUUAUAAUUUAAUUUCAUAAUCUUUUGGUACAAUGUAAACAGACAGUUCACGUCAAGUUCUAAAUAAAGCAAUGAUUCAUAUAUAAUACAAAUAUACGUAUUUGCGCUCAGGAAGAAAUGAUAAGCAAUGGCAGUGACAGAGAAUAACGUAGAAUUCGUGCGAAAAACCUUUCUUAAAUUAACUGAAAAUUAUAUCCAAUAUGGAGCUACGAUGAAUGAUUUAAAAUCCAUCACUAUGACAAUCAAUAAUGCAAAAAGUGCGAAAAAUCGUUGCUUCACGAAGAAAAUAUUGGUAAUACUAUUCGUGCCUCUUCUAUGCGGCUUAUUUAAUAAAUACUGUAAUAUAAUUAAGACAUUCCAAGAGACUCGAUGCCUGCUGCCGAAUAAUUAUUUCGUAUGGGAAUUCACGAGAUCGAUAUCGAAUUGCGAUUAUUGCCGCGAUAUUAAAGCACCAUUAAUUCUGCCCAACUUGACCAGGGAAGAAUUUCGCUCUUAUUCUUAUGCAUCUCGGCCUAUAAUAAUAAAAGAUGCGGCCCGCGACUGGCCCGCGCGUGACACGUACACUUUGGAAUUCUUUCGGAAUUUGUACGAUCGUAUCGAGGGUGCAUAUGAAUCGGUGGAGGAGGAAUGCCAAUUUCUACGUUUCAAGAGCGACUUCGCGAAUCUUCGCGAGGUGUUUGCGAUGAGCGAAGCGCGAGCGCUGCAUCGAGAGGGCGAAGAUCCCUGGUAUGUUGGCUGGAAAAACUGUCAUCCACAAAUUUUGGAUGCCAUGAAGCGGUUCUACAGCGUACCUCAUUUUCUGCCGGACGAUGCGGAAAUUCCGUGCAGCAACUAUAUCUUCAUGGGCUACGAGGAGGGUGCCGUUAUGCACCUGGAUUAUAUAUCGAGACUCAUGUGGCAAGCCCAGAUAAUAGGUAGUAAAACAUGGAACGUAGCUCCGACGCCGGAAUGCGACAGCGAAUGCACGUCUUUUCAAUUUAUCGUUGACGUGGCGGACGUUGUAUUGCUGGAUACGAGGAUUUGGUAUCACAGUACUCACAUUGAAAAUGGAAAUCUUAGUCUGACAAUCACUUCUGAGUAUGGGUAGACUUGGAGGAAACGGUUUUACACAUCCAUUAUUCUUAGAUCAUAUGUAUUUAUAUAUAUAUAAUAUAUAUAUAUAUAUAUAUAUAU